CUCAUUCACUUUCCAUAUGACUGCCAACCCCCUCAUCUGAAAUUUGACUUGGCCCAUCUCAGCACUAUCCCACAGAAAAAGCUUCAGUUUUCACAACAACCUCAAGAGACAUCGAGACUAGUUCGAACUCAGGAAUCCAGUUGCAAGUCUCAUACUAGAGAUUUACUCCGGUGCAUAACUAUCCUCUGUUAUUAUUCGAUCUCAGUUUCUCUUUGAACGCACAGCACCAAACAUGUUCGUCUUUCGCCGCGAGGACCUUCCUCCAGAUCCUGUUUUCCCCGCUGAUCUCGAGAAACUUGGAUACUUCAUAAAUGACAAUGAUCAGAUCAGAAAAAUAUCAGAUCCUGAGAAGGAGUUCGUCUUCAAGAUCAAUAGAAAUGAUCGCUGGAAUCUGUUAAACAGGGAAGCGAUGAAUGCUUGUAUUCGCUCUAUCGUACACUCUCGCCUAUGCGCCCUUGGUCUUUCCGUACUUAGACUCCCACUCAACGCCGGGCCAGAAGAGCGCCAUGUCCCUAUCAUGAUAUCUUCAAACCUGAAGACUGCCUCUCGCGUCAUCGUUGUUUUCGGCGAACCAGUCCAGGAUCUAGGUAUUUGGGCCUAUCGAACUAUCAGCACGGAAGGAAUCGAGGCUGGUUCAGCCGUUGCCUUCGCCAAAGCCGUGCUUGGAUACGAAGAUACGAAGACCGAUACGGCUCUUAUCCUCGCGAAUACCGGACAGCUUAUAUGGUACAAUGCAGAGGGUCGUGCCAUCACACACCCAUCAUGGCUUGCUCUUCCCAAGGAAUCGGCUGUUGAUCCCCUACCCAGGAUGACGCAUCGUAAUAAGAUUCCUCGCAAUGGAAACUGGGAGGAACAUGUUCAAUGCGUGUUUGAAGACGUUCUCAAGGCGAGAGGAGAGCUCUUGAGUGAAAAUGCAAAGAUUGAUAUCAUCGGUCUUGCAGAGGGAGGUCUGGCUGCAGUGACGUAUUUGGCGGAGAAGUGGCCAGAAUGGAGCAGCCAUAUCUCAGCCAUGUGUCUGGCCAACCCUCUUCAUUACAACGGCAUCCAUAUCUUCCCAGACCCAUCAUCUGCAUCCUCUGAGACGGAAAACUCAUUUGAGAACUUCAUCUCUUCCCGCUGCCGUGCCUACGUCCUAUCCGAUCGUCCUGUCAAUGACCCUGUUGCUGGCGCAGCUGAUCAUAAUUGUAACUGCUAUGCGUCGGGCGAGGAACUUAAUGUUGAAUGUAUCAUGCCUAAAGCGUGGAGGAGCAUGAUGGAGUGGCUUGGAAAGGCUCAUACGGAUCCAAACUUCGGGGAGGUGCAGUUGGUUCUUCAAGAUGAUGUGGAAACGACGGCUUCAGCAGAUAAAGGGAGCGAGGAGUGAGUUUCUAGUGAGAGGGGGUCGUGGACGGUGGAAGUCCCUGGAUAUCGUCUGCAGAUUGCAACAUGCAACUAAUCGAAGAUCAUACAGUCUCAUGUCUGUGCUGGGCU